GGUCGGGGUGGAGAGCUAGGCCGCUGCGGGGAGGUGCCGCAGGCGGGACGCCUGUCUUGGCGGUAGCCCGGUCCGGGGCCGGGUGGGACCGCGAGGGCCCAUGGCCGAGCCGGCUCCGGUAAGAAGGGCUCCUCCGCGCGGACGCCCGGUUCCGGCUCGGCGGGCCAGCAUCCUGGGGCCCUCUCGGGGCGGAGGCGGACGGGUGGGGCAUGGUCUGAGGGUCGCUUUAUGCGCCUGGUGUGGGGUCUGGACCCUGGACGGAGCCGGGGACCGCUGCUCCUGGGGCUCGUCCGUGGCCAAAGCCCUAAUCCAAGCCGAGCGUGGAACUGGAGAGUCUGGGCGGUGGGCACCCGUGCGUGACGAGGGCGGACGAGGGAAGGGAUCAAAAUUGAUGUGGGGCCGGCGAUGAGGGUUAUAGUUCAACUACUUUUAUAUUAUAGUUACGGAAUUUAGAACAAGUGUUUUAAAAGAUUUAAGAUUCUGAGUGAUUGAAAAGAUGGUUGGCAGGGGCUUAAAUGUUAGAAUUUAGCGCUAACGUAUUGAAGUUUGUGUUGAGUGUAAAAAGGAAGGAGGACACGUUGGAAGGAAUAGAAGCGCUUAAAGAAACCUAAGUAAGUUACCUCUGACAUUUGAGGAUGUGGCUGUUUAUUUCUCGGAGCAAGAAUGGAGGAAUCUAGAGGCAUGGCAGAAGGAGCUUUACAAGCAAGUAAUGAGAACCAAUUAUGAGAUUCUUGUUUCUCUAGAACCAAUUAAAGCAAUUGAAUCUAUAGAGAAAGAAAAAUAAUCCUGUCAUGAACCCUGUGCCACCCAAAAAGAGUGUUCCAAGCAUCAAGAUCAAAUGGAUGUGAAGUGGUGUAUCAUUAUAUCUCCAGUUGUCUCAAGGGUUGUCCCACCGUUCUCAAAGCACGCUACAGAUGAUGGACUUCCCAAACCAGAACUAAUAUCCUGGCUUGAACAGGGGAGAGACCUCUUCAGGAACUGGGGAGAAUCACAGAAAUCAGGAAACAUAAUUUGCUCCUGUGCUGAUAUGCAUUUGGAUCCAGUUAUUGAGGGACAGUUGUUUGGGGGAAGCCAACAAGCUGUGAAAUCAGGAGAAGCUCAUUGCCAUUUCCAAGUAGAUCCUCUUCAGAGCCAGUGUUCCUCUGAACGCUUAUUAGGAAAAAGUGAAGAUGUUUCCUUCAGGCCUGACCGAGUCGUCGCCCUCCUGAACCCACGCAGAGAUGAUACUCGGGCUCUCGUUCCAGUCGUCCACAGCUCCAGGGAACCCACCCAAAGUGACAGAAUCACAAGUCCCAGGACUCUGGGUCUCCCAGGCUUCCAGGAAACCUCCUCCGGGGAGGGCCCCCCGCACCCUUGCCCCGUCUGCGGGGAAAGCUUUUGGAAGAAGAACCACUUAGAGCAGCACCAGGGGAGCCUCUCGAAGGACCCGGCCUGGAAGCAAUUCAGCAAACAAUCCGAGGCUCGACAGUCGCGGAGCGACCCUCGGGGCCAGAGGCGCUUCCGCUGCCCGGAAUGCGGGCGGGGCUUCCGCCGGAAGUCGUGUUUGCUCAGCCCACUGGCCGUUCUUUUCGCAGAGGGCCCGCUGUGGGGCCCGGAGUGUGACACGUGCGGCCACCACCCCCCGCGCCCGGAGGCGAGGCUUUCCCUGUGCCCCGACUGCAAUGAGAGCGGCCCCCGGAGCCCGCCCGGCGCGGAGAAGCCAGGCUCCCGGAGAGAGCGCGCCGGGGCCGCCUCCAAGAAGGCGGAGCACCAGCACGCGCCGUCGGGAGAGAAGGCGGGCCUGCGCCCCGCUGACGAGGAGCGCGCGGAGGCUCUCGAGCCCGAGCUUGGCGGCGGCCCCGGCGGGCAGAGGCCGUCCUCCGGCGGCACGUGCGGGCCCGCCGGCCACACCCGCGCGCACGGCGCGGAGCGGCCGUUCCCGUGCGACGUGUGCGGCCAGGCCUUCCGCCAGCGCGGGCGGCUGCGCCUCCGCCGGCGGCUGCCCUCGGACGAGCGGCCCUUCGCGUGCGCGGAGUGCGGCCCAGGCUUCCGGCUGAGCAGCCGGCUGCGGCUCGGCGGCGAGAGGCCGCUCUCCUGCGGGGAAUGCGGCCGCGACUUCGCCCACCCGUGCAAGCUGCGCGAGCACCUGCGGGUGCACAGCGGCGAGCGGCCCUUCGGCUGCCCCGAGUGCGGCAAGAGCUUUCGCCUGAAGGGCAUCCUGAAGGCGCACGAGCGCACGCACAGCCGCGAGCGGCCCUUCCAGUGCGCCGAGUGCGGCAAGGGCUUCACGCGGCCGUCCAAGCUGGCCGAGCACUUCCGCGUGCACAGCGGCGAGCGGCCCUUCGGCUGCCCCGACUGCGGCCGCCGCUUCCGUCUCAAGGGGCAGCUGCGGAGCCACCAGCGCCUGCACACAGGCGAGAGGCCCUUCCCGUGCCCCGACUGCGGCAAGAGCUACCGCGUGAAGGCCGACAUGAAGGCGCACCGGCUGCUGCACGGCGGCCGCAUGCCCUUCUCCUGCGACUGCGGCAAAGGCUUCGCCAAGCAGUCCAAGCUCGUGGAGCACGUCAGGACGCACACGGGCGAGAAGCCCUUUCAGUGCCCCCAGUGCGACAAGAGCUUCCGCCUGAAGGCGCAGCUGCUCAGCCACCAGGGCCUGCACACUGGGGAGAGGCCUUUCCGCUGCCCCGAGUGCGAUAAAAACUUCCGGGAGAGGGGACACAUGCUUCGGCACCAGCGCAUCCACAGGCCCGACAGGCCGUUCUCCUGUGCGGACUGCGGUAAGGGCUUCAUUUAUAAGUCGAAACUGGCCGAACACGUCAGAGUGCACACGAAAUCCUGUUGUGCCCCCAGUGAGCCUGACGUAAAGAAAAGGCUCAGCCAGCUGUUUGCGAUGAUCGAGGCCGACUGGAGUUGAGGCGCCCAAAGCGCUCAGCAGGGUCGGCGUUGCCUGGGAAUCCGCAGCCACCGCAGCCUGACUCCAAACCUGGUAAGACAGGUUGAAGGAACAGAGCAAGAAUGUAAUAGGUGUAUAAGAAACCACAGAGAUUCUCUCAUUUUAUUAUCCAUUGAUAAAAAAUAGCUAUUUGUUCUUCCCACCGUCUUAAGAGGUAAUUUCCCCCCACGUGCUAAUAAGCUAACUCGGAAAUCCCAGCUUGAAUUUAGACGGCAGGAAACCGCUCCAGUAUUGUUCUCGAAGCUAAAAGGAUGGGGUGACUGUUAAAUGUUAACUCUUCUUUUUUUCAUAGUAUGAUCGCAAAAAGGGGGUUUAACCCAGCGAAUUUUGUUGCAGGCCUGAUAUGAUAUUGGGUUUGGUUUUGACUUAUUUGAAGCUAACAGCAAUAAAAUGAG